AAUGUAUGAAAAAAUGUCCAGUAAAACACAAGCCAGAUCUAGGUCUAAGACAAGGCGUCAACGACAACCACUAUAUGUUGUAAAAAUUCCUGGAAUCGUUGAUGUCAGAAAUUCUCGGAAGGCAGGGAUUCGAACAGCAAGAUUAUUGCCAACAAUACUGACUGGAGGUCAGCAUUUAGUAGUAAACGAAACGGCUUUCUCGGCUCUGACGUCAGAUGAAGAGAAGAGCAAAGAUGACAAAAGCUUUACAGGAACGACACGCCUAGAAGUGACGGAGGUCAAGAAAUCGUGGGAAUUAGAAAGAUUGAGCGUCUUGCUUAAGGAGACAGGUGACCGUAUCAUACGCUCUGUGCUACAUCGCGGUACCUCACAAGCCUCAUCUGCUUAUUCAGAAACUUCAUCCCAAUUUCAAUUUAGUGAGGCCGUGUUGCGGCAGGGAAAGGUGGUGUGUUCAAAGUGUUUUAAGAAAAACGCAACUCUGAAGGAAAAGGACUCCGUACUCAAAACAUGUCCUGUUCAUCGAGACACUGCAUGGAAUCCAAUGUUGUUGUGGCCUUCAAAAGCUGGCUAUGUUCCGAUUCGGUCGAGACCAAGAAACGUUAUCGUGCAUUUUACUCUCUGCCGGUAUCGUACUCGUUGCCAUCUCGGUGAGAGAUGUCCUUACCCGCACAGCGAAGAAGAAAUGGAAGUGUGGACGUUGGACAGAGAUGGAAAGAGCUGGAAGUUUCGACAGCCAAAGAAACUUCAUCUUUGUGAAAGUUUUCAGUUGUGGAAGCAUUGUUCCUCUGGUCGUAAUUGUGAGUACGCCCACGGGAAAGACGAGCUAGACGAAUGGCGACAAAGAAAACAUAUAUACCACAAACAUCUGAAAGGACAGGACGAAGACCCUGAUGAUAGAAUUCCUCUACUUCUAAAACAAAAGGUAGCAGAAGAACUGCGAGCAGCUCGAGACGGCUGCGGGAGCUUUAAAGACUUGAUUGCUUUCAGUCCUCCCAUGUUUGUCGCUGUAUCUUGUGAACCAGACGACAUUGUCUACAUAACGUCUACUGAUUGCACGGAAGGCAGUGACUAUAAACAAUCAUUUUGUCUGCAGUUAAAUUGCUUGCCUGAAGCUAAAUGUCUCUUUCAAAAAGCGACACUAAUUGGAACUUGUGACUGCUUUAAAUUUUUGCCUUCAAAGGAUUAUGUGUUGACCAGACUGGACAAUUCAGAAAUUGCUGCAAAAGAAAAAUCUUUACGUAAAGGCAGCCAUGUGCUGAAAAUUGAAUUUACUUCACGCACUGAGCAAUCAUUUCGGCAAGACGUACUGCUAGAUUUUGGCGUGAAGCCUUAUCUAAUAAAGACUCUAAGAAUUGAGAUAGGAAAUAGUAAGGAAAUGAAUUUGAUCAAAGAGUUUUAUCAACAGAUGAAGAGUCAGGCAGAUGAGUGGACAUUUGAUUCUGAAGAUCUGUGUCAGGACUAUAUUGAUCGCACAAGAAUUGACGAGGAAAGCUUUAAAACGAAGCAUGCUCUUCCUCAAGAUCAAGAAUUUAUGUCAUUGAUACAUACAGCCCUAAACGAAUUCUUGUCUAUGACUAACUACCACUCACGUUUUCACACUCUUCUCUUUGUAGAAGAGAUAGCAAGAGUUACUACUCUUAGCAGGUUCAAUAUACAAAGUACGACGAUGAAAAUUCGUCAAGAUCCCGAAGGCACUUUGGGAGAAAUCAAUUUACAUCACCGCCCUCCAUCCAAUUCAACGACUAGUGCAUUUAUUCGUCGUCUUAACGACUGUUUCGUGUUUGAAUUAAAAAUUCACAAAAUACAAGGCGAAAUGCUGUCUCUUCUACUGCCACUUCAGUUCCUUAUUGACACUGGCAUUAAAACAAAUUCUGACAUACAAGUUGAUUUUCAACUUGCAUUUGAUAGAACCCACUACAUUAACUUACACGAAGCUGUUGACUACCUGAGCCGUGACAUUGUAUUACAACGUUUGAUUGCAAAUCCUCUUUACUCUAAAGCUUGCAAUAUUGAUCUACACCGGAUGGUUCGCAUCCGAUCUAACCUUAACAGUGAACAACAGAAAGCAGUGCAACGAAUUGUGUGUCAACGUGGAACUCUUCCCGUUAUUGUCAAUGGUCCGUUUGGAACGGGGAAAACGCAUCUUUUAGCGGAAGCAGUCCGAAUCAUUCUUGGUCGCUCCACGGACAGUCGCAUUCUGAUUUGCACUCAAUCGAAUCAUGCUGCAGACCUUUAUGUCACGAAAGUCAACGACUUUAUUCAGCAGCAAUCGCGUGCAACCGUUCAUCUUUACAGAAUUUACUACAGACAUUACAACCCAAAUCGUAUUGAUCGUAACAUUUUCAAUGUCGUCUAUCGCCAUUGCAAAUUUGAAAACAAUCAAUUUAUUAUGCCAGACAAAAAGACUCUAGAAAAGUCAGAUCGUCUAGUCGUCAUUACGACUCUUGUUACUUCAAUGCAAUUGAGGAAGCUCGAGCUCCCGGAACGAUUUUUUACUCACAUUUUUAUAGAUGAAGCGGCUCAAGCUACGGAGCCGGAAACAAUAGCAGCUCUCGGCUUUGCAAGUGACAGAACGUGUGUUGUUAUGGCUGGCGAUCACAAACAAAUUAAUCCUCCUAUUCAUUCACCUGUGGCACGAAUGGGCAAGCUUCAUUACUCUCUCUUUCGUCGUUUGUACAAAGAGCUUCCUCCUGUAUUCGAUCUUAAAGUGGAUUUAGUCGUCAAUUACCGUUGCCACUGGGACAUUCUCAGUCUAUCAUCUCGUCUAUUCUACCACACUGAUGUCGUAGACAAAAGCAACGCCGCAGGUCCACAAGAUCGUCAUCCUAAGUUUCCACCAGUCAGCUUCUGUGCUACGUCUAAAACUCAGUCAAAGCAAGCAGGAUAUGAUGGAUCGUACUACAAUCCGAAAGAAGCUGAAGCUGUUGUCAAGCACGUAAAGGAAAUAUUAGAUGAUUGGCCGUGGUGGCCUUACAAAGACAACGAUCUAUGUGUUAUUACAAGUGAAAGAUGGCAGGCUCGCUAUGUUAGGGUUCUUCUACGAGACUUUGACAAGAGAGUCGACGUAUUGACUGCUGGUGUUGUUCAAGGUCGUCAGUUCCGCGCUUGCGUCAUAAGUACGGUUCUGACAGCAGACGGAUUUCGCGAACGCGGCAGUUCGGACGAAAGCGACUUCUUAUCAAAUGCCAAGCUACUCAACACUGCUAUUACACGAGCUCAGUCUCUCGUUCUCGUCAUCGGAGAUCCCUUAUGCUUGUGCACGUGCGGAAAACUCGAUCAGUUAUGGCUGCAGUACAUUGCCUAUUGCCAUGACAACGGAGGAUGUUUCGGAUCGACUUCAUUUGAAGAGCUUCAAAUGACGUUGGGAAUCCUCAACACAAAACUGAAUCCGGAAUCGCAGCCAUUUUUUCCUGCUUCAGAUAGCCCGGCACUUUUAUCUGGACGUGUCGACAACACCAUAAAAACUUCUAAGGAUAAAACGUCGGCGCGAAGUGUUUCCUACAAUGACGAUUCGGACGACGACAUGGUAGAAGAGUAUCGGCGUCGAGUGGCACAAAACAAGAUGGAACGCGACGGACUGCAACUGUCUUCUAAAGCGACCGUGCAACCGGUCGAAAAGAGAAGAGGAUACGAAUGGAAAAUUGUCGAUCAUUCAACAGUUGACGAUCGAGUAAAGUUUGACAGCUCGGUUCGAUAUGAAAAGCACUUGAGAGGAAAGGCUCGUUUUGAGGCGAUCAAACGAGAGCCAAACAAAUAUCUUCGCUGUCACCUACGUGUGACAGACGACGACGAUGCCGUUGCCGUCGCUAACAACAAGUCUGACAUGGAGAUAUCGAUCAGAGGAUGGAAGAGAAGAAAUCGAUCCUUUGAUGGAGAAGAAGUUCUUGUAAUGUUAGACGACACGUCCCGUGAUCAAUUGCGCAAAGGUACAGUUGUUGGUAUCUUCCAGGAGGAAAGACCGCGUGAGUGGGUGUGUGUUCUAUCUAAACGAGACAAAAAUAUAUUGUUGCCCUUGGACAAAUCGUUUCCUUGCAUAAUCAAUCUUCCGCGGAACGUUGAAGAGAACGGAAUUGCGAUAUUCAAUAGACAACCGAGGAGAGAUAGGUCUACUUCCAUCGAGCCGAUUGACUUUAUUCCUGUGAGAGAGGCGUCAGACAAACUUUUUAUUGUUCAAUUUUUAAAGUGGAGAAUCGACUGCCUGCACCCGUUAGGCAUUGUUGUUGAAGUCGUACCUUUUGCUGUAACGUUAGAAUCUGGGAUAGACAUUUUGUCUCGCCAAUAUUUUCCAAGCAGAAUGGACGAUGCGUUGAGUCAAGACGCUGAGAACGACGUUACAUUACUUUCACGCUCUAUUCCACCUGAAGAGUACUCUUCUCGCGGCAUGCCGUUGACAAAUGCUUUUACAAUUGAUUCAGCAAACUCCACCGACUUAGACGAUGCCUUAAGCUUUGAGCAAGACGCAGAAACCGGGAGUUGUCGCGUAUCUGUUUACAUUUCCGACGUUUCGUAUUUCUGUCGUUUUCGAUCGAGCCUCGACCAUUACGCAUUUGCAAUGGGGACGACGUACUACGAUCAAGAAGGUCGAAGAAAACGCGACAUGUUACCACAACGUCUAAGCUCAGAUCUCUGCAGCCUUCUGCCUGGUGUCGAUCGUCUGGCAAUUCGCGUUCGUUUCGAAUUUGAUCGCAAUGCCAAGCUCGUUCGAUUCGACUUCAGUCGAUGCAUUGUUUGCUCAAAAUACAAACUCUCUUACGAAACAGUUGAAAAGAUCAUUAUCGCCAACUUAACUGCUGCGAUUGGCGGAGACUUAUCUCAAGAAGUUCAACGUCUUUAUGAUUUGAGUGUUUGUUUAAGGCGUCAACGGUUAGACGGAACGAGGUACCAUUUGCAAAACAGAGACACUGCAGGGUGUCAGCGAGCGCAUGCCAUGGUAGAAGAGUUUAUGCUGCUGACUAACAAAACAGUGGCAGAGAGUUUGAUUAAGAAAUGUCGCGCGUUCACUCCACUAAUCGCACAAGGCUCUCCAGACUCUGCCAAAGUCGAAGAAUGGAUUAAAUUGUUCGGAGCCUACUUUGAUUCCUCGUGUGCACUUAGCGAAAUCGCCAACAAACUUACCAUUGGUUUUCAGCACGUGACGGCUGAUGAAAAUUCUUGCGGGCCUAUUAUGGUAUCUCGACGUCAAUGGCGUGACAUUCAACUAGCAACAAAGAUAGAAGAUGACUCUCACUGUAGACAUCAGCUACGUCUGUUGUUGUGCACAGAGUCGUUCUAUCCUCAGCUAGCCAUAGCUCAUACAGGAUACCAUCGAUGCCUUAAACGAGCUUUUUAUGUCUGCGCUGAUCACAAUGAAGAGGCGGUUAUUCGGCACGAUCAACUGGGAUUUCCAUAUUACACUCAUUUUACUUCUCCGAUCCGUCGUUAUAUCGACAUCGUUGCACACCGUUUACUGAUAGCUCAUGUUAUCUGUUCAGAAGACAAUGACGGAAAACUCUAUACUGAAGAAAAAAUUCAGGAGAUAUGUUGUCAUUGCUCGAGAACUCGCGCUUUAGCUCAACGGUAUCAACGAGAAAUGGAUCUGUUUAGCUUCAGCUGUACAGCCUUUAACAGUCCGGUCCUUGCGACAGCCGUUGUACGGUCGGUAUCGGCGGGAUCGAUAGAAUUGUAUUUUCCCGACUAUCCUACUCUUACUGGAAAAGCCACUGAAAUUCGAUUUUCGUCUCUGAAUCCUAAGCGGGUUUCGGCAGCUAAGAACGGUAUUGUAACGGUCACGUGGUCUAUUAAAGUUGUUCAGCAUCCAUUACUAACAGAAAAGAAACAAUACAGAAACAAACUUCCGCACGACGAAUACUACAGUAUACCGAUUAUUGAAUGGAAGCAGUUACUUCUUUCUGCCUUGUCAGAGAGAAGCAAAACAGAGGAUUUGAUUCUUCGUAUCCGGGACAUCGAAAACACCGUCUGUAUCCCUAGUCUCUGUUUUGACGCUCAAGACGACGCGUAUUCUACAAACGAUGAAGACAAAGAAGACGUUGUUGAUUUGACAUCCACAUGUUACGACAAAGUUGCAGAUUUAUCCGAUUCGGUAUCACAGAACUACAAGACCGGUAGUCUGUUUUCUGUGCAACUUAGCGCGCGUGUCGGUCGCGGAUUACUGAGACCAGUUAUUCAACUUGUUCUUUUUCCGGGUACCGUACCGGCCGCCAUUUGCGUGGAGCACUACAGUAAACCAGCUGAUUGCUUCGUUGAGAGUCUUCCUCACGGUCACAACGCUUCGAGAGAUCACUACUACGAUAUUAUAGAUUAUCGCAAUUCGUGGUUACCUGUUGUGGACCACGAGUCGGCAACAUCUUGUGUCAAGGGCUCUUCAGACACCGUGUUAGUAAGCGGUACAGCUGUCCGUUGGCAGAGAAAUUCUGAAAAAAUGAGCUCUAUCGGGUACAUUACAUUGACAUCUUCGUUUUCAAGGCAAUACAGGUUGGGAUGUAAAGCAGGUGACUUUCUGUGCUUGCGUUAUAGCGACAUGAUCGCUCAGAAAUCCAAUUCUUGCAUUGAUAGAGGUAAAGCUGGUAGCCUGGAAAAGGGCAGCUCUUCUAAAGAAGUCGUGCAAACAGACACUGAUCAAUGCGUUGUACACUGCAGAGUCGUGAGCAGCAGGGCAAACGAAAAUUCUGAGAUUAGAGAUGCGUCGUGUCAGCAGUUGUUGAAAGUAGAGACUUCUGGCGAACGACAAGCUCUUCCAGAAAUGCUUUAUGAUAGCAAAGUUUUGUGCACCGCUCAAUUUAUACCGCAAAGUCUGCCGUUUAUGAGAAUGAGACAAGCAUUACAAAUUGUCUGUUCGGAGGACUACAGCAAUGACACUGUAAAGAGUCUCUGCUUGGGUGAUUUUUCUAAAGUUUCAUGUAGCUGCCGCUACAGUGGAAAUACAUCAGAGAGUGAAAGACUGGCUAUGUCUGAUGGAGUGUCGUUGUCUCAAUCACGUCGACCUUUGAAUGAAAGUCAGUUUAUUGCAGUGAAACUGGCCAUUAAACAAGACAUUACUCUAAUACAAGGACCACCAGGCACUGGCAAAACAGUGACUGGAGCUUACAUAGCGGUCCAGUUUCUACGCCAACACGGCAGCAGCAACAGUACAAAAGUUCGCGUGUUGUAUUGUUGUCCCUCCAAUCAGACAGUAGACGACAUCACAGGUCGUCUCAAGAACGGUUCUAGAUCAACAAAGAUAUUGCGAGUUUAUGCAGAAGGAAUUGAAAAGAAACGUUUUCCCGGAAUCUCGAUAUUUGAAGAAUUUUCUUCUUUAUCCAACAAGCAGCUGACAGUAGACACCAGACGACAUGAAGACGUUGCUUUGCAUUACAGAAUUCGUAACGAAGCAACGUCGUCGUACGCAGACAAGAUUAAGUCAUACGAAGAUGAGUUUAGACAACUGAAAAUGAAAAAGGAGCUGCCGACCGAAAACCAGAUUAGUCACUAUAAAGACGUCGUUUUAGCUGCUGAGCAAGAGCAGAUUGGCAGAGCGGACGUAAUUCUCUGUACUUGCAUUCAGGCAGGCAGUCUGAGAAUGGCAAAGAAAUCUGUUGCUUUAUGUAUCGUCGACGAGGCAGGUCAAAGUCUUGAGCCUGAAACUCUUGUUGCUAUUUCUCAAGCCAGAAAGAUCGUACUGAUAGGAGAUCACAAACAGUUGCAACCUGUCGUGCAGAACAGAAGGAUACAAAGUCAGCUGUCUCGCUCCAUGUUUGAGCGAAUCGCUGAAAGUUCAUCAGUGAAGGAAGAAAAUCGAGUUCACAUGCUGAACGUUCAAUACCGGAUGCACUACGACAUCUGUCGAUUUCCAUCCGAACAUUUUUACGAAGGAAGACUCGAGACGGCUCAGGAAGUAGGAGAACGUCCUUUAGACGGCAUCGACUUCUGGAAUCGCUUAUAUCCUGAGUCGAAGGUUGGUCGUAAAAGUCAGAGGAGAAAAUGUUUUAUUCACGUCGAGGGAGAAGAGGGAACGAAUCCUGUGUCUGGAGAAGGAACAGGAGGCGAAGAAUCGAAGUACAAUCCGAUAGAAGCUGACGUUGUGGUAAACGUCGCAAAAAGAAUGAGACGACACCAAUGCAGAGCGUCAGACAUCUGUGUCAUAACACCAUACACAGCUCAGAAAGCUUACAUUGAGAAGCUCUUAGCACAAUUACCACAAACCGAAAACGUUAAGGUAUCAUCUGUCUUUGCUAGUCAAGGCAGUGAAUCCGAGUUUAUUAUUUUGUCAACAGUUCGUUCUUUACCAAAGCAAAAUCUAGUCGACUUUUGCUCUAAGAAAUGGAUGAGAGAACAUUUCGGAUUUAUUGCGGACGAACAUCAAAUGAACGUUGCUCUUACGAGAGCAAAGCAAGGCUUGAUCAUAGUUGGCAAUGGCAAUCUGCUCGAUUUGCAUUCAAUGUGGAGAAAACUUAUUGUCCAUUACAAGAAGGACGGCUGCUACAUGGAAAACUGGAAACAGACUCUCUCACGACUGCAAGCUACUUGUACACAUAGUUAAUAAUGUUACUGCUGUUCACGAUACUGUCAGUGUAUGUGCGACUACACCUAUGUUUAAGUAUUUGAACCGCCAAACGAACUCAGCGGGAAAGAAAUAAUUGCACCUAUUUUUAGACAUAUUUUAGUUUAUGCAUUAUGUGUUAGGCUAUGAGAUUAAUAUAGGGUUUCAACUACAUGCCGCCUUUGGGCUUUUAAAGGAAUUGUAUUGCAUAUGUUUAUUUGUCGUGAACAAUAUACGUAUAUCAGUGGCGUUGGUUGUUGUCAAA